CGUUAAGGCCGGCCACCCGCGAGUUGCGAACCCAGAGAUUAGGCUCGGAAGACGGCCUGCGCUUGAACGAUGGCCGGGACCUCGAGCCGCUUCGGUCGGAGCAGCCUCGACGCCGUUGUGCGGCUGCUGGAGACCGGCUUUUGCCCGCGCUGCACGAAAGGAUCGCGACUGGGGUUGUCACACUGCAGGCACUUCAGCUGCAACGGGAUCCUCGCCCCACGGAUUCUGAAGACUUGCCCUACCCAGGCUUCAGGGUCAGCUACAGCUCAACAAAUCCGUCCCUUCCUGAGCUUGGCGGCUCCACUGCUCGGUGCCAAGAGAGUGGAGUACACAGAAGUCCGUCAGCUCCCGUAUUCCGUCGAUCAGAUGUAUGACAUUGUAGCCGACGUGGGCAGCUAUCAGCAGUUUGUCCCCUGGUGUAACUGCUCCCGUGUCAUCUCCAGUCACAAUGAAUUUUCUCAGGCUGAACUGGAAGUGGGAUUCCCUCCUGUGACAGAACGAUACGUUUCUGAAAUUUCUGUAGUGCCGCAUCGACAGAUCCGGGCUGUGAGUAAGGAUGGACAUUUAUUUCGACAUUUGGAGACACUGUGGCAGUUCAAGCCAGGACGUCCUGGACAACUGGAUACAUGCAUGCUCAAAUUUUACGUGUCCUUUGAAUUCAAGUCAGUCUUCCAUUCUCAACUGGCCAACCUCUUUUUCAAUGAGGUAGUCAAGAAGAUGGUGUUAGCCUUUGAGAGGAGAGCAGGGAAGCUCUAUGGCCCACGGGCUGCAGCCCAACGACGCAAGGCUGUUCGACAUGCAUGACAGCGGACGCACUUGGAACGGAAAUUGGAGCAUCCAUCUUAGCCUUAGGGAGAAUUUUGUCUUGAUCAUCCAAGACUGGUCAUCUUUUCAGAUGCUCUUUUUUU